AUGAGACUCAAGGUCAUCGGUCUUCUUUUGUCCUUACUGGUCAUUGGAAUUAUUGGCCAGGUUCAAGACCCUGUCUCCAAGCAUUAUUACCAAUGGGUAAAGAUGACUUCCAACUCCUACUUAGCUACUAUGAGCAGUAUUGAUUCAAUUGCCAAAUCAUCAUCAAAUACCAAACCAUACUUGGCUACCAUUGACUCACCAGAGGAAUUAGCCUUUAUCAGUUCCCAGCCUACUCUCACUACCCUCUCUUCUGGAUUCACCUACUAUAUCUCGGGUACAUUGUCAACCACUAACGGAGUUACAACCUACCAAUACAAUUCCGGUCCCUUGAACAACAAUCCAAUUUACACUCACCGUCCACUGGGUCGUUGUCACACCGUUUGCCCUUGGGACUCUGGAUACCCAUUUGACAAUUCAGUAGAUAUUCAAUAUCUCACGUUUAACUAUGUCAACAGCAAGGUUGUGUUCCAACAAAAGCAAUUCACCUCUGGACAAUACUUCUUGAUCGAAUGGGGUGGAAGUACCGACCCGGUGAUUCCAAUGCCCCCAACUACUGGAGGCGAUAUUGUUGUCACCAACUUUGUUGCCGACGAGAGCUCUACCUUUGUUUGGAACAUGGCUACGAUUACUGUAUCUCUGGUCGAUAGUGCUGGAAGUUCCACUACUGCUACCAUCGUCAACCGUGGUACCUCUACCAUCACCGUCACCAUUCCACCAGGAUACAAUAGAUUCACCAUGACUUUUAAUGACGGUCUCAAGAGACAAUAUUCUCAAAAUGUCCACUAUCAAUUGCCAUACAUCACCACUUUCUAUGCUAGAGCCUACGUUGUAGGUUCCCCAAUUACCAUUACUGGAGGAAACUUUGGAACCACCUCUACAGACUUGUCCAUCUCUGUAGUUGGUGUCCCCUGUACCGGUCUGGCUGUAGUCGAGAACUACAAAACUGUGACCUGCAAGAUUGCCGCCAGCACUACCGCCACCGUAUCCCUCCUCCCUAUAACUAUAGGAUAUGGUUCAAACAACUUUGUUGCUUCUCACCGAAACAAUAUCCCUUUCUAUGACUUUAACACUAUGACUGUGAUUCGUAUCUGCGUUGAUUGUGUUGCCUUCCUCAAUGAAAUCACAGCAUGGACCCAAGCAAUCCUGACAACCAACAUCGAUGGUAACAUACCUUAUCUAGGUGUUGUAAGGAGCGCUACACAGGCCAAUAUGCUCCUCAAUACCUACAACUUUGGCAAGAAGAAUGCUACCCAGGGACUUGACCUCUCUGGUACUAACGGCAACAUACCCAUCGUCGACUUGGGUGGCCCGAAUAACGGUGCAAUUGCUUACUCUCCCUGGAGUGAGUCCUCCCCGGCCAAGUGUCUUCCAGCUGUUGUCUACUGUCCAGGUGAUGUUGUAGACUGGAAAUAUAACUUUAUUAUGUUUGGUUAUAAUAGUGCCACUGGUGCAGGUUACCAGUAUUGUGGAGACAACCCCGAUAGAGGAGGAGAGAUUGUUUACUACGGAGGCUUCAAACCAACACAGAAUGCCGAUGUGACUCUUACCGUCGAUACAUCUGGAGGUUCGGUUGCUUUCACUACCGGUGGAUCUGUUGGAUUCAGGUUCACACAGCGUUCUUUCGUUAUGAACACCGUCACCUACUCCUUCCCAAACAUCUCACAGACCAGCAAGACCGGACUCUCUCUCAUCAUUCCACCUGGCAUAGGUGUCGCCAUCCCCAUCACCGUCAACAUUGAAUCCUACUCCUUCACCAACUUAAAGAUCUCCUACAACCCACCAAGAAUCACAUCCAUCCUACCAUCCAUUACCUCAAUCGGUGCCAACGUUUUGGUGAAUGGUACCAAUUUCGGUUCUGAUCCAUCAAGUAUCAUCGCAACCAUUUCACGAGCUGCGACCACUGUAUCAGUUACAUGCACAGUUAAGAUUGCCCAUAUACAACUCGAUUGUGCCUUCCCAGGUGGCAUCGGAUCUGAGACCUUUACCUUAAAGGUUGGAACCCAAUCCACAACUUUUACCUAUGCCUACCAAUCACCAGUUAUCCUAACGGCAACCAAUAAUGGAGACCUUUUGACAAUCACUGGAACUGGUCUUGGUGUCCUCCUUAGUAACAUGGUUCUGUCAAUCCCUGUGAUCUCCAACACAGCCUCCUUGACAACCGACUCUGAUCCCCAAACCUACUCUACCAGAAUCCCAACUACAAAUAAGAACUGUCCACUCUUUACAACAGUCGGCUCCAAGUCCAGUAACUCGGUCUACAUGGCAUACACUCCCACUGUCUCGGCUGUUUCAGGUGUGUCAACUGGUGUUGUCUCUAGCAUAGUCCUCUCUGGUUACUUCCUCUCGAUCACCAGAGCGAACUCUACCCUUGCAGAUGUUUCAGUAAUGAUUGGUUCCAUACCAUGUACAGUUCCCUCCAACCCAGAUCCCUCGUCUCUCAAGUGUACUGCACCAGCACUUACUGGAGCUCUUUCAGUUGUGGUCAAAAUAGAUGGGGUUUCCUCCAAUACUUUUACCUUCUCAGCGCCAACCCCAACCGUGGCCACCCCAAUCGCCCAGACUGGAGAUAGUAUCGUAAUCACAGGAACUAACUUUGGCACUACCAACAAAGUCUUAGUUACCCUUGGUUCCUUGACCUUUGCUCCUUCCUCAGUAUCUGACAAGUCUAUUACCGCCACCCUACCUGCAUCCUCUACAAACGGACAGUUAAAGGUCAUUGUUGAUGGAAUCCAAUCGAAUUCAGUAACUUUCGCUGUAACACCAGUCUUCUCUGGUGCUGGCCCCAUCCCUACUGAUGGUGGCCAACUUGUCAUCAUAGGAAAGUUCUUCAACAUGGUGGACUCUGAUAACAACCCUCUAAACCCAUCAGUCUUGAUUGGUGGCAUAUCAUGCUCAGGUCUUCUUACAACUGGCAACACUCAAAUCACCUGUUCCGCCCCAGCUGGAGUAGGAGUUAGUAACUCACUCAAGAUCAACGUUGGUCUAAUGUCCACCUCGGGACAGUUCGGCUACCUUGCCCCAUCGAUAACGACGGUUGUCCAGAACCCAAAGACCACGCAAAUCACAGUGACAGGAAGUAACUUUGGUCAACAAACUACCUCAAUCAAUAUUGUCAUCAACGGAGCCAUCAUCCAAGCCACCAGUUUCACUGCCCAAUACACUCAAUUUGUAGCCACUCUUCCAUCCUCUUCCAAGAGUGACGAUGUCCAUGUAGUUGUUGGUACUCAACCAUCCAACAACAUCUACCUUAACCUUAUCCCAUUGGUAUCCACAGUUGGCCAGCCACCCGCCAUCGGAGGUCUAAUCUCUAUCACAGGAACCUUCAUGUUCUCCACCAGCUUCAAUGGUGACACUCGAAACCCAGUCUUCACAAUUGACAACAAUCUUCCUUGCUCUACCCCAGCCUUUGUAGGCACCACGGGAUCUAUCAUUACUUGCACAGCCCCAGCUGGAACAGGAAUCAAUCACAACAUCAUUGUGUCAAUCGGCUCUGAAAGUUCUGCCCCAGCAUUGUUCAACUACCAAGUCCCAUCUAUUACAUCUGCAGUCCAGAAUGCCAAAGCAAUCACAAUUUCUGGUACCAACUUUGGAACUGAUUCCAGCAAAGUCCAAGUGUUAUUUGGAAAUGUUGGAUCUGGUUUCCCCAACUCAAUUGUUGAUAACCAACUCUUUGUUAACAUCCCCAAGGAUGCACUUAACGGAGUUGUUUAUGUUGUUGUCGACACCCAACAAACAGUUUCAACAAUCCCAUUCGACUUGACACCAAUAAUCAACUCUGUUACUUCAGCACCCAUCUCUGGUGAUCAAAUCACUAUCACUGGAUACUUCCUCAACAAUCUCCGUCAGAACAACUCUGCUACCUCCAAUUCGAUAAUCUUGUUGCCAAACACACCCUGUACUGGAGUUUCCAAGAUUCCCGAUAUCAGCAACCAAGCACGCUUUGUCUGUGAUGUCCCAUCUGGCACAGGUUCCAAGACUCUCCGCUUCACGAUUGACAGUAAGUUCGUAGACACACCAUUUGUCUACGGACUUCCAACAAUAGAUGGUGUCCAAGUGGAUUCCAACAACAGGAUCUCAGUGAUUGGUACCAAUCUGAUUGCUGCUGGAGUAACCACCACUGUUUCCUAUGGCUCCGUACAGAUCAAUAGCUACACAACCUCUGCCGACAACACCACAAUCUACUUUAAUGCACCAACCAACGCCCUUGCUGAUUUUGUCUAUGUCAAUGUUGACGGAACUGAAUUGAAGUACUUGACGCCACUCCACCCGGUCCUCAACGAUGUAACUCAAUCCCGUACCUUUGGAUCAGAGGUCACAAUCUCUGGAAGCUACUUGAACUCUUACAACGCUGACAACACACCAACAACACUCAUUGUCACUAUCAACGGCCAACCUUGCCCAGUAACUGCAGACACUCAAACUGACAGGAAGUACGUUCAAGCCCCACCAGGUGUUGGAAUCAACUUUGAGGUCAAGAUCACGAUUGGAUCCUACUCUUCUUCGAUCCAGAACUUCAGCUACUUGCCACCAUCAAUGAAUGGCCAAAUCGAUCAGAACCAGCAAACUAUCACAGUGUUUGGGGACAACUUUGGAAACUCCAAAGAUGACAUCUCUGCCCCAAUAGGAAUGUCAGUUGUCUCCGCUUCCCAUACCUCCGUUGUUUUCUUGCUCCCAACCUCCUACCAAUCACAGAUCAUCACCAUUGUAGUUGGUCAUCAAUCUGUCUCAAAUAUCUUUGUGGUCUCUCCUAUUGUCUCUAACUUGGCUGCUGUCUACGCAGAUGGAGGUGAUGUUGUGAUACAUGGAUCAUACCUCAAUACUCAAUCUGCCAACUCUACUGCCACCAAUAUUGUUAUUACUCUUGGAUCAAUGAACUGUGCCUUCAAAUCAGCAGCCCAAGAUGGAUCUUCACUGACAUGUGCACUUGGAGUCCAGUCAAUAUUUGAGGGAGCAAUCAAUGUCUCGAUCGACAACAAGAUUUCCUCCACAUUAGGUACCUACUCUUCACUCCCACCCGUUGUCACCUAUGCUACCUCGGUUGCUCCCGAUGGAGGAGUGAUUACUAUCACUGGAUCUCACUUUGUUUCACCAUUGACCGUAACUGUUGGGAUGUUGACCUGUGCAAAUGCGGACCACCAAGGAACAACCACCACCAUCGUCUGUUCUCUUCCAUCUGGUGGAUCCUCAGCUAUAGCAAUCUCCGAGGCGCUGCCAGUGACUGUCACUAAUGACCAAAUAGGAACCACAGCAAACGUGUUCCUCUACAGCAGGUAUGACUGUCAAUCUCAAUGUGGUGCUGGAACUUGUCAAGAGGGAUACUGUAUUUGCCCGAGCGGAUUAUCCGGACCAACUUGUUCAGAUAUGGUCGACACUUUUGUACAACCAUCCAUUGAACCCUCCAAGGUCACUUUCUCUGUUGCCUCCUUGGUCACCUUCACUUCCCAAAUUGCCUACAUCCAAGAGUAUGACACCACCACCACUCAGGUUGGCUCUACUGUCACACUUAUCGGUGUACAAUGGACUGAAUCAGCUCCCUCCACCUACAUCACCGUUGUUAAUGGUGUAACUGUUCAGGUCAAGACUGAUUUCUACAACCAAGCCUCUCUAGUUAAGUUUGCUGGAGAAACGAUUCCGGUUCCCGAGGGAGGAGUCAAACAUACUGUCAUGGUAUCUGGAUGGUCCUUUAGUUCUGAUGACAACUUCUUAAGAGUCAUCUACGAGUCUCAGGCACCAGCCUCUUUCAACUAUAACUGCUCCACAGCCUCUACAUCAGUCAUUCACUUUGACAAUCCUAAUAUGCCUUUGUCCUUCACCUUGGGCUCUCCAGCUGGAUUUAUGUUGGUCCACUUCUCUGAUCGUGCAUAUUGUGAUGAAAAGCUCUUCCAAAUCCAAACCGUCCAAGACACCUUAAUGCCUGCAAUCAAUGGUUCUACAGUAUCAAGAUAUGCUAUCGUUGCUCCAGCCUUCUCCAAAACUCUGGUUUUUGACCCUAUUUUUGUUGCCUACAAGAUGCCUAAUAUCUCUACAAACUGCAACUCUGGCACGACCACAACUGAUGGGCCAACAUCUACAACUACAACAGUGACUCCAACCACAGGCACAACCUCUGUCCAAACAACAACGACGACAGACUUAUCGACCACUACUACUUCCCCACCAACUACAACCACCUCGAUCACCACUGUAGUUCCAACUAUAACCACGAUUAGUGCAUCAGGCACCACAUCAACUGGUCAGACUACCGACAUCACUACAGGAAAGACGACCAGUACCACUACUACAGGUCAGACAACCGAUACUACCACAUCUACUGGAAAGUCUACCGAGAUCUCCACUUCAGCUCCAGCAACUACUACCACCAGCACAACAAGCACAACAACCACUACUGGCCUCAGUGGUUCUUUCAAGAUUUCCCCACCAAUGGUGUUCGUUGCCCUCCUUUGUGUCAUUCCACUCCUUUUCUGA